AUGUCUAACAAAGUUCAGUCCGAGCCCCAUCCUGGUUUCCGCCAUGACGAAGAAAUAAACAUGGAAAAGGAUAAGCAAGAUAUCCGGCCAGGCGCUAUUGUGCAUGCCUUUGAUGCGCUGGGUGGUACACCCGAUCCCUGGGGUCGUGGACAUCUGAAGCUCUACGCAGCCUGUUUGAUUAUUUAUCUGUGCUCUACAAUGAAUGGUACGCCGGAAUCCAGCACUGACGGACAGGACCUACCACUAAAGCCUGAAGCUAUAGGAUACGACGGCUCCUUGAUGGGCUCAAUCAAUGUCCUCCCAGAGUACCAAUCCUACUACAACACCAGCGGUGCAUCCGCGACGGGCCUCGUAUUUUCAAUCUUCAACAUUGGCCAGAUGGCAGGUGCACUCUUCGUCUGGGUAAACGACGUGUAUGGACGAAGAAUGACUCUGCGGGUCACAGCGUUCCUCAUCUGCUGCUCUGCUGUCUUUACCGCACUCGCGCCCACAUUGCCAGCAUUCAUCGCAGCCAGAUUCCUUCUGAGCUUCUUUUCCACCAUUUGUUGCGUUGCGGCCCCAAUGCUUCUCGUUGAAAUUGCGCCGCCUCUUCACCGGGCCACUGUUGCUGGGAUAUAUAAUACCCUGUACUAUGUUGGGAGCAUUAUUGCCACAUUCACAAUGUACGGAGCCAACAUCCACCUCACAGGAAACAUCAAAUGGCGACUCCCCCUGUGGCUGCAAAUCCUCUGCCCCGGCCUCGCCUGCCUCGGAAGCUGGUUCCUCCCCGAAAGCCCCCGCUGGCAAAUCGCGCAGGGAAAACAAGAAGAAGCUCGGGAAUUUAUCGUCAAGCACCACGCCAAUGGAGACGCAGACCAUCCCAUUGUUGCAAUCGAAAUGCAGGAAAUCGAAGAGUCCCUCGCAGAAGUCCGUUCCCGAUCUGCCUGGGCGUGCUUCGACCUGCGCAGCCUGUUCAAGUCUCGAGCUCGACUGUACCGUGUCAUGCUGGUUAUCACCAUGGGAUGGUUUGGUCAGUUCUCUGGAAAUAAUGUGGUUAGCUACUAUCUACCUAUCAUGGUGGAGAAUGUCGGGAUUACAGAGACGAAUAUGGUUCUGCUGCUCAAUGCGAUCUAUGCGGUUACGGGGUGGAUUGCCGCGACUGCUGGAGCCCGCCUGCACGACAUCGUCGGCCGCCGCAAAAUGCUCAUGGGCUCCUGCCUCGGCAUGUCUGCCGCACUGGCGGUCGUCGCUGGUACAGCUGCAGCAUACGAACAAACCGGUAGUGUUUCGUCAAGCUCAGCCAGCAUUGCGUUCAUCUUCAUCUUUGGUGUUGUCUUCGCUGUCGCGUUUACGCCAAUGCAGCCGAUAUAUCCUGCAGAGGUUCUAGCUAAUGACAUGCGCGCAAACGGUAUGAUGGUCUUCCAAAUCACAGCGGGGUGCGCCAGCUUCGUGAAUACGUUUGCUGCGCCGAUUGCGAUGGAGAAUAUUCGGUAUUGGUUCUAUGUCUUCUUCGUCUUCUGGGAUCUGUUUGAGUGCGUAUUCAUUUACCUCUUCUUCGUGGAGACAAAGGGGCGCACACUGGAAGAGCUAGAUGCUGUUUUCGAAGCGAAGAACCCAAGGAAGGCGAGUAUCCGUAAGCUCGCGGCAAGUGACUAG